AUGCCGAAAUUAGAUGUCAGCGAGCUGAACGCGGUCAUUGCCGUGCUAGGCGCUUUCAUUGUCAUUUAUGGUUUCUCGUCUGUCAAGAUCAAGCAGGUCUGGUAUUUGGGCGAAGCAUUGCCUGCCGUACUCAUUGGUAUCAUACUGGGUCCUGUGUCUGCAAAGUUCCUUGACGCCGAGAGAUGGGGGUCUGCUGCCGAGGGACAACAAGAGAGUAUCACCCUGGGUAUAUGUCGGGUCGUUAUCGGCGUGCAGCUCGUCAUCGCUGGCUUUCAGCUCCCUGCCAAAUACCAAAUGCUUCGAUGGGUCGAGAUGGCAAUCUGCCUGCUGCCGGUGAUGACUCUGAUGUGGUUGUUCACCACUGUUUGCAUCCUCGUCACCAUUCCUAACCUGUCUCUGCUUGCUGCCCUCGUCAUCGGGUCUUGCGUCACGUGUACAGAUCCUAUCCUCUCUCAAGCUGUUGCCAAAGGCCCUUUCUCGGAUAAAUACGUGCGACGCGAUUUGCGUGAGAUAAUUUCGUCUGAAGCGGGGGCCAACGAUGGUUUUGGUUUCCCUUUCCUUCUGUUCGUCUCCCCUUACCAAUUCUCGCAUGUCCGCACUGACAUCUUUGUACCAGGCUUGCGGUUUAUCUCAUUCGCCAUGCGGACCUGGCCAAUGUCGUCUUCAAAGAGGGGAUUACAAUUCCUCAAGCAAGAGCCGCCCUCUCUAGCCUUGUCAGCAGAGCUACAGAGGCGGCCGCAGAAGCAGCUCACGAUCCCUCCGUCGUUAUUCACGAUCGGAGUAUGCGGGAUGCUCGGCACUGACGAUUUGCUCGCAUGUUUCGUCGCCGGAAAUGCCCUGAACUGGAAUGGACAAUUUCUCGAGGAAACCGAAAAGCGCCAUGACGAGGUCAACAGCUGUGUCGACGUUCUUCUCAACUUUGGUGGUUUCAUGUACAUCGGAGCCAUCAUGCCAUGGGAGGCCUUCAAUCAGCCUGACAUUACCGGCAUCACUAUUGGUCGUCUGAUAGGACUUGGCAUCCUCGUCUUCAUCUUUCGACGCAUACCUGCCAUUUUCAUGGUGUACAAGUUCAUGCCCAAGGUUGUCAAAGAUUGGAAGGAGGCUUUGUUUAUGGGAUACUUCGGCCCAAUCGGUAAGACACAUUCUCCACCUGUGGUACAUCGGUUGGCUGACAUGAUGGAUUGCAACAAGCCCGGAGAGGCUCUCACAGUGGAAGAAGACAACCUGACUCGAGCAAUGAUACCUGUGGUAUACUGGCUUGUGCUUUUCUCGAUCAUUUUCCAUGGGCUCUCGAUUCCGGCCCUCGACCUAUUUUACCGGUGGAAGGGCGUCCAACCCAUCGUUGAGGACAACCCCGCAGAAGUUCAAGUUCUGUCUAGCACCCAGGCCCUGCCAAACAAUUCCUAUAGAGACCCGAGCAAGCGCAACAGCGUCAUGAUGAUGAACCGGUUUUCCCGCGGCUCCACCAUCCAGUAUAAUCUCGACGACAGUGUCAAGGACCGCACGAACUCAUGGGACUACAUGAACAAGAAAGACAUUGAAGAAGUUGAGAUCGUGAACGACGUGCACGCAGUUUCUGAUCGCUACCGGUCCAACGGACCAAUGCCGGGCAACAAUAUCGAACUCGAGGAUCGUAACGGCCUCGCCGAGAAUGGGCAAAAACCGAAAGAGUGGGUCUGA